UGCAUGCGAUAUGCAGAUUGAAUUGAAUACAUCCAAAUUUGACAAAUUUCUUUUCAAACUUUCUCUCUUUUUAUUUUGUUUCUUUUCCUUUUCCUUUUUUUCCCUUCUCUCCGCCGGGGGAGGACUCGGUUUUGAUGGAUUCUUUUGCAGCUUGCAGGUAUAGCCUUAUGCUCUGUUUUAACUUUUUAAGUUGACCCCGACAUCCCUUUUCCGCUCGGAAUUUAUAUUUGACAGCAUCAACCCACUUUACAGAACCGGACAGAAGGAAAACUCAACCUCUAAAAUUCAAACCAACUUUCUUUCACUGUUCUUCAAUUACUAUUGUCCUGCUGCUCAGCCUCAAAACUCAGAAGCCUUUUCCACAAAUAAGAUCAGCAGCUUAAACCCCACUUCUCUUUCUAUCUCUCAUGGUCAUCAUCCCUGUUACUCUCAUUCUGUUUCUCUCUCGAUCAAAUAAUGGAAGAAAGGGAAGAGCCGAAAAAUGACAGGAAAUGCUAUUCUAAGGCCAGGAGGUUCAGAGGGAGGACAGAACCUAAUCAAUAUCAAUAUCAACACCACCUUCUACAUCAUUCCUAUCGUAAUGGGUUUUCCUACCAGAAUGGGUACCAGGCAUUCCCAGGCCUUCUUCCUCUACCUCCUCCAAUACUUCUUCUGCCACUACCUGCAACCCCACUGCCCCAUCAAAACGAGAACUUGAGAUCGAAAACCCAUUUGCAGAAAAUUUCAAGGAAGCAAAACAAAUUUACUCGGACCACCUCUUCCGAUACCCAGGUCCCAGUUUCAACAGCUGCACAAGCAGUCCCAGAGGGGCUCGUACAGAUAGCCGAGAAGCUAAACAAUGGAGAUGAGAGUGGGCAGAUGGCUAGCAAACCACAGGCUAUAAUGGCAGCUAGAAGACCAGAUCCCGGUGGUGUUGAUGGUGCCGUAAUUCCCUUGCUUGCUAACCAUUUUCUAGUUCAAUUUGAUUCUUCUCAGCGAAUUUUCCAUUAUGAUGUUGACAUCUCUCCACAUCCUUCCAAGGAAGUAGCUCGCAUGAUCAAAAAGAAACUCGUGCAGGACUAUUCUGCAAUGCUAUCUGAUGCUCAUCCAGCCUUCGACGGCAGACGGAAUCUCUAUAGCCCCAUUGAAUUCCAAUAUGACAAGCUUGAGUUCUUCAUUAGGCUACCAAUCCCCACAGCCAAAUCAUUGUUGCCGAUGGGGGAGAUCAAUGGCACGACGACAGAGAAGCAUGAAGAACCAAGACUCUUCCGAGUAAACAUCAAGCUCGUUUCCAAAUUGGAUGGACAGGAAUUGAGCAACUACUUGAGCAAGGAGGGGGAGGACUGGACUCCUCUUCCUCAGGAUUACCUCCAUGCAUUAGAUAUCGUCCUUCGAGAGAGCCCAACAGAGAAGUGUAUACCUGUGGGGAGGUCACUCUACUCGAGCACAAUCGGAGGAGAUAAAGAUAUCGGAGGAGGAGCAGUUGGGUUGAGAGGGUUCUUCCAAAGUCUGAGACCAACCCAACAAGGACUCUCUCUCAACGUGGAUUUCUCUGUGACAGCUUUCCAUGAAAGUAUUGGCAUAAUUCCAUACUUGCAGAAGCGGCUUGAGUUCCUGCGGGACCUUUCCUACCGGAAGACCAGAGGUUUGGUCGGGGAGGAGAGAAAAGAAGUCGAGAAGGCCUUGAAGAACAUCAGGAUAUUUGUAUGCCAUAGAGAAACUAAUCAGCGUUAUCGAGUUUUUAGCUUAACUGAGGAAGCCACAGAGAAUCUCUGGUUUAGGAACAGGGAUGGGAAAGAUCUAAGACUGGUGGAUUACUUCAAGGAUCAUUACAACCAUGAUAUACAAUUCAGGAAUUUGCCAUGCUUGCAAAUUAGCAGGAGCAAACCGUGUUACCUGCCUAUGGAGCUCUGUGUGGUCUGCGAAGGGCAGAAGUUUCUUGGCAAACUCUCGGAUGAUCAGACAGCGAGGAUCCUUAAGAUGGGCUGCCAGAGGCCAAGAGAACGAAAAGCCAUUAUCAAUGGAGUCAUGGCAGGUUCCUUUGGGCCAACAAGCGGCGACCAUGAAAGUGAAUUCAAGCUGCAUGUUUCAAGAGAGAUGACCCAGCUGAUGGGGAGAGUCCUUCAACCUCCCAAAUUGAAGCUUGGGGACCGCGGUCAUCUAACAAAUCUAAUCCCAUCCCGCCAUGACCGGCAGUGGAACCUUUUAGAGAGCCAUGUUUUUGAAGGAACACGAAUUGAAAGGUGGGCUCUGAUAAGUUUUGGGGGCACCCCAGAACAGAGGGCUAGCAUUCCAAGAUUCAUAAAUCAACUCUCGCAAAGGUGCGAGCAAUUGGGUAUCUUUCUCAACAAGAAUGCAAUCGUUAAACCCCAAUUUGAAUCAAUGCAAGUUUUCAACAGUGUCUCUGCAUUGGAAUCCAAGCUCCAGAAAAUCCAGAGAGCAUCAUCGAACAGCCUCCAAUUGCUGAUAUGUGUAAUGGAGAGAAAGCAUAAAGGAUAUGCAGAUUUGAAGCGUAUUGCCGAGACAGGCAUCGGGGUUGUGACCCAGUGUUGCUUAUACCCCAACCUUGGUAAGUUAAAUUCUCAGUUUCUGGCAAAUUUGGCUCUGAAGAUCAAUGCCAAGGUUGGAGGAUGCACUGUGGCUUUGUACAAUUCAUUACCUUCCCAAAUACCAAGGCUGUUUGGGCCUGAUGAUCCUGCAAUAUUUAUGGGUGCUGACGUGACCCAUCCACACCCGCUGGAUGAUUUCAGCCCCUCCAUUGCUGCUGUUGUCGGCAGCAUGAACUGGCCAGCAGCAAACAAGUACAUUUCAAGGAUGAGAUCUCAGACCCAUCGACAAGAAAUCAUACAGGACCUUGGUGAGAUGGUGUGGGAACUCCUGGAAGAUUUCUGCAAAGAAGUUAACAAACUUCCUAAGAGAAUUAUCUUCUUUAGAGAUGGGGUGAGUGAGACCCAGUUCUAUAGAGUGCUCAAGGAAGAGUUGCAGGCCAUUAGAGCUGCCUGCUCUAGGUUCCCAGGUUAUAAGCCUGCCAUCACCUUCACUGUAGUUCAAAAGAGGCAUCACACCAGGUUGUUCCCAAAAGAAACUGAUGACUCAUCAUCUUCUGCUGGAGCCAACUUCAUCAAUGAGAACAUACCUCCAGGGACUGUGGUAGAUUCCAUCAUUACUCACCCCAGGGAGUUCGAUUUCUAUCUCUGUAGCCACUGGGGAAUGAAGGGGACGAGCCGGCCAACCCAUUACCAUGUGUUGUGGGAUGAAAACCGGUUCAGCUCCGAUGAACUACAGAAGCUGGUGCACAAUCUAUGUUACACAUUCGUGAGGUGCACCAAGCCGGUUUCUUUGGUCCCUCCAGCGUACUAUGCCCACCUUGCUGCAUACAGGGGCAGGCUUUACCUCGAGAGGUCAGACUCAACAGAAUUUACAAGAAGUAGUACUGCUGCUUCACUCUCCAGAGCUGCUCCUCCAAAGAUAACACCAUUGCCAAGGCUUAAUGAGAAUGUUAAGAAGCUCAUGUUCUACUGCUGAUGGUGACAACCCCGAUCGAUCGAUGACCCACUACUACCGAUUAAUAUUUAAUCCUAUAGGCUAUAUCCGAUAUAGAUAAUAGAACAAAGAAAACUAAAAAUAAUUAAACUACGUUAUUAUUAAUGCUUGUAUCUCUGUAACUAGCUAAGAAAAGUUUGCUUUUUUACAUCAA